AUGACAGUUAUUUGGCUGUGGUUUCUCCUUCUCAUUCAGAGAAGUGGUGUGAUUUGGCAACUUCCAUCAGUCAGCCGACUACAGACUGAUCGCAAUAGCGUGGGGACUCCCUCCUGGGAACACAAGGCGUAUGCAGUCAUCAACAGACUUGACGUCCCACAACAGACAGACAGCUAUUGCUCAACCUCAUUGGCACAAUUGGAUGCCGGGCCAACCAUGGAUUUUUUUCACAAGAGGAUGCUGCAUUUUAAUCUUCUCCAUGCAGUUGGACCUGCAACCACGCUGCAACCAUUCCCACAGCCCGGGACAGAUGCAAUUGUGCUGCUGCCGGACCUUCUGUUGCAGUGGGAGCACACCAAAUCGCCACAUGAACAGCUCUGGCUCUUUUCUGACCUUAUUUGCAGGGUGGUUCCUGCUUCCGAGCAACUUUACAUGGACCUACAGGAUGCAAUGGAGUUUCAACUUUCACCACAGCCUUUGCCUGAAAGCUACAAUUCAUCCUUUUUGCAAUGGACUCAAUGGACCUAUGCUGACCUUUUCUGCAGGGUGGUUCCUGUUUUACAAUAUUUCACUGACCUAUUCUGCGGGGUGGUUCCCGAAACAAUCCUACAAUUUGAGAUGAGGCGUAUGACAGGACAGAUCACAACCUUCAUGGUGCCAACGAUGCAGCUUUUGGUUGACGCUACAGACCUGAUAGAUUCAAACUGGCACGCGCUGCACUCGGGGACAAGUGAAGAUGCUGCUGAUGGAGUUUUGGUGCUCUUCAAUGCCCGCAGCAUCCAGGCCUCCCAGAUCGGAUUUUCAGGUUUCACAUACUUCCAGCGGCAAAGGUGCAGACUGGACUGGCGCACUGGUGCUCCUCAAUGGGACCACAUGUUGCAGGCUACUGGACACCUGCUCCAGGACUUGUGCAGCCAGCCUACUCCACCAACAGACCCGGUUCAGGUUUUUCAUGAGACCCUUGGGCCGUGCUUUCAUGAGUUUUAUCCACAGAAGCAUCGAGCUCCAAAGUCUGCACAAGAUCACCAUGCUGCCUUGAUCCAAGAAAAAUGGUUUUACCACAGACAAGUCAUGCAAACCCGUGCGUUGACUCUUCAGGCUCUGUUUCAUGUUUGGAAGUGUCGCAGCAGAUAUGCAGCUCUGAACCGGACGCACAAACAACAUACGAAACUCCUGAAGCAGCAACGUUUUUAUGACCUUCUGAGUUCUGUGCAACAGGCAGCACAACAUCAUGACAGCUUUGCAGUGCAUCAAAUAAUUUCCCAGUAUACUCCGAAACAGCCCAAACGUCGGAUUCAGCUGAGAAAUGCAGUUGGUGCCCCUGCCACACCUCAUGAAGGGCUUUUGAUCACCAAAGAAUUUGUGGAGUCCACUUGGGCAGGACCAUCACAUGUUGACCUAGGUGAUCGAGCUCCACCAGGAGUACCCUUUACGAUCCAGGACCUUGAACAUGAGUUGCAUCGCCUGCCACACAACCGCUCAGUGGCGAAGCCAUUCUUGCCGGCCAUUGUGGUCAAGAUGCAUGCCUCAACCAUUGCAUCAUGGUUGCACCACCUGUUGACCCAUUGGUGGUCCACUGAGACUCCCUUUAUCCCGGCCCAGUGGAAACGUGCUUGGGUGACGUUCAUACCCAAACCCAACAAGAGUCCAAGCCAGGUCAGCAACUUGAGAUGUAUAGCGUUACAGGAGCCUUUGGGCAAGUGCGUGCUAGGAGCUCUCACAAAAAAAUUGCAGUUGGCGGUUGGUCCCACCCUUCAGCAAUGGCCCCAAUAUGCAUUCCUUCCCUUGCGUUCCACAGGUGAUGCCAUACGUAGGGUUGCUGCCCAUUGCAAUGAAGUCCGCAGCUUGGUGAAGAAUCAACGCAGAUCAGCGCAUCAGCGUGCAGCCAAUGUUGAGUUCUUUUCUUGUUGCGGGGGAAUCCAGAUUUUUUUGGAUAUACAACGUGCCUUCGAUCAACUUCCCAGACAAGCCCUUUUCGAGCACCUGGACACACUGCACGACCAAUCUGAGCUAACAACACUGAUGGCUCACUGGCAUUCCCAAACGGAUUACUGCAUUGAACAUUCAGGUGAGACUGCCCUUGUUUCUACAGGAUGUGGCGUGCGUCAAGGUUGUCGUGCCGCUCCACUGUUAUGGAACAGCUUUUUGGAUCAGAUGUUUCGCACUCUUGCCCAACAAAUCUCUCCUGAGUGGGUCAAACAGACGCUGACAGCAUUUGCAGACGACAUCCAUCAAGGCACAGUUUUUCGAUCCAGCCAACAACUGCAGCUUGAAAUGACAAGGAUUGGACUGCUUCUUGACACGUUGGAAAAUAUGGGCCUGACCCUAUCCCUUGAAAAGUCCUGCAUCCUGCUGGAGAUUGCCGGCUCCCACUGCCGUAAGAUUCGAAAUAGGCUUUUGAAAUAUGAGGGUUCACAUGCCUUUAUUGACAUCCCCCGUGCCAAUGGACGCACCAGCCGCAUCCCGGUGAAAAGGACUGCUGACUACCUGGGGACCUGUCUCAGUUAUGGCAACUAUGAACAGCAGACAUUUGACAAAAGGGUUCACUGUGCACGCCUCACCUUUCACAGAUUGCGUCGAUGGCUUUGCACUUCCCAAAUUGCUUUGCGUCACCGCCUGUUGCUUUGGAAAGCCUGUGUCCUGUCCACACUCAUGUAUGGCAUUGUUGUGCAGACCAAUGUAUCCCCUGCUGACGACAGCCUGCUUGAGGUCAGAUCUUGUGACAAGAACAUGAACCUUGAUGCCUUGCUGCGUGAAGAGGAGGAACAGCGCAUUUUGCGCAUGCACCAGAGCCUCACCGCCGCACUGCACACAAAGCCUUAUGGGGAUGCCCUGCUCCAGCUGGUGACCAAUCAUGACUGGAAUGGUCUAGCUGACUUGCGGCCAGCUUGUGAGGCUGCCAUGUUGUACCUGUAUUUGCCUUCUGAAACAGGUCCACCGGAAGUGCCACCAGCCGCUGCCCUGCGUUGCGAGGUUUGUGGACUCAGAGCUGAACACAUUGAUGAUUUGCACAAACAUUUGGCUUCAGUACACAGGUUAGCUUUUAAUGAUUGGCAGCCUGAACGGGACCUCAUGGGCAAGGAUCCAGCUUGCUCUCACUGUUCCAAGUGUUUCACCAAUGUUUCAGCAGUCAGGCAGCAUGUGACGCUGGGGCAAUGCAGUGAGUUCGACCCUCAUCGCUCACCUUUUCUCCUGCCCAUAGCCGAGAUUUGGACCACAGCCUUGGUGACAGGGGACUUGCAACCAGUUUUGUCUGAUCCGAUGCUCAGGAUGCGCAUGACGCUGCACUGUGCCCAAUGUGGGGCUGCCUACAUGCGAUCUGGAGAUCUGAUUCUCCAUCUGCAGACUGCUCACUCAGCCAUGUGGGGCCAGGCGCAAGCCCUCACCAGAUAUCUGAUGAAGACAUUGAUGCCACAACACUCUUGUGUGUGCAAUCCCAGUGUUCAUAAGGUCACUUUGACCCAUGUUUGCCCUUUCUACCGUCAGAUGGCUAUGCUUGCGGGCAGGGAGACGCAGGAGCUUCUGGAAACAUUUGCGGCAAUGGCCCCACUGCUGUCGAAGGCCACACAGAAGGCAAAAGGAGACGAACGGGAUUCCAAGAAGGCCAAAAUUCAGCACAAGCCGACAGAAGAGGCUCAACGUCUGGACCUCCAACCAGUGGUCUUGCAGAUGGCCAAAUUGCUCAUCCGGAUGGACGCCGAUCAGAAUCUUCUGAGAAAACAAGACUCCUUCGUCUUUUACAUGCAAAUGGAGGAGGAAUCGGUGAUCCACAUACUGAGCAAGCAGGCCAAGCAGUGGCACCAAGAGAUGACCCAGCAGGAAGGCCAGAUGAAAACACAGGAGUGGAAGCCAUUGAGAGCGACGCUGAUGCAGACGAUGGCCGAGACCCUCCAGAUGCGCCUCCACAAACCGUACUCCUGCAAGCAGUCGGAUCCACUGUUUCAGACAGCAAUGCACCACAAUCUGGUGAACGACAAGGGAGAGUUCUUCUUCCAGAAAUGGGAUGCCUCCAGCCAGAAAUUGGUGCAAACCAGCCAAGCACCAGUGGGCAUGGACAGGAUGAAACGCUACGUGGAUCAGCUGGUGGAGACCCUUCAGGACCCGGCCAAUGUGGUGAAAUUCCACGCCUUGAAGGCGUCAGGGGAUCAGAGGGUCACUCCUUGGAUUCUCCAAGUGGCUCUUCGUUGCGACGAACUUCAGACUCUUUUGGAACAGCUGAUGGGCGGAACACCUGAAGUCCCUGAUCGGCAAAGGGAAGAGCGCUGGGAAGGGCAAAGCUCAUCGCCGAUGAUGCCGAUGUCAGAUGAACACAGACAUGCACUGCUGCUUGCAAUUGGCACCCUGGCACUUCUCAAUGCCGGGAACCACUGCUACAUCAAUGCAGCCGUGAUGGCCACCCUUUGGGCUGUGGUGAGCCGGACCAAUUUUCGACUUGCUGACCUGGGGCCACAUGCCACCCUGAUUGCAGAUAGUUUGUUGACGCGCCAUGGACACCCCAUGCAAUUGGUCACCCAACCAUGGUUUGCAGAUGUCAUCCAAAACUGGCAUAAUCAUAACAAUCAGGGUGAUCCAGUGGAGUUCAUGACACAUGUGCUGGGGAGACUGCAACUUGGUGGCUUCAACAUGAAGUGGGAACGCCGGGUGCAGAUACACGAUGUUGUCCGUCUCAUGGACCAAAGUGACGCUGUGCGACCGCUGACAGUUCAGUUUGAUGCAGUUGAUUCUAAUGCAAUUCAACAUGGUUACACUGCACUUCAGACAAUGCUGGAUUCAUGGGCGGGACAGUAUGGCAUGCAGACUGCAUUGGUUGCUCCCUCCCCACUUGUGUGCAUUCAUGUUGAUCGUUUCAUACACCAAGGCACCACGGCUGUGACGAAAUGUGAGAGGCCUAUUCAUUUUCGAGGAAGCCUCAAUAUCCCAGUCUUUGACAAUGAGGGUUUGCAGGUCCAUCAGAAAGGGUAUCAAAUGAUCUCAGCAGUUGCGCACCUAGGCACAGAUGGAUCAGGACACUGCCGCGGCAUCCUGAAGACGUGGCCUUUGCUUGCCCCUGAACCUGUCAAUUUCCUUCUUACAGAUGAUGGCAGGUCUCCUGAAUGCAUAUGGACAGAACCCUCCUGGUUCACCCGCAAUGUGUCCUGCUUCUGGUAUUGCGACUGCGACUGCCUUGAUUUGAUCAAAUGGCCCAUGCCAGACCCAGCUCAUGCAAAUGAUUCCGAUACCUCGUCCAUGACAGAGGCUGCUCAGGAUGAUGUGCCCUUGCAGAAGCUUUUCAAAGCCAUGUCCAAAACCUGA